AACAACUCGGACACCUCCUCAACGAACGACCUCUCUCCGUCUCCAACUUGAUCCAUGUCGUUGCUGCUGUCGAGGCGGGCGGCCGCGAAGGAGGAUGCGCCGGACGUCCCGCCGGAGUUCCGGUGCCCGAUCACGCUGGACAUGAUGCGUGACCCCGUCGUCGGGGCAACAGGCAUCACCUAUGACCGCGCGGCCAUCGAGGCCUGGCUGCUUGUGCGCUGCACGUGCCCCGUCUCCCACGGCGAGCUCCGCGCUGAUGACCUCAUCAGCAACCACACCCUCCGACGUCUCAUCCAGGCUUGGUGCACCGCCAACCGCUCCCGCGGCGUCGAGCGGGUCCCCACGCCACGGGCAAACGCCACGCCUGCGCAUGCUGCGGACGCCGUCGCAGAGGUCGAGAGCGCCGCGAGCGCUGGCAACGCGGAGCGGUGUGCAACGGCUGCGCGCGCGGUCAGGCGCCUCGCCAAGGAGGCCGGCCGCACCCGUCGGUGCCUCGCGUCGGCCGGGGCCGCGCGAGCGCUCGCCAAGGCAUUCACAUCCUUUUCGGACGCCGCCGCCGCCAGCAACGUCCUCGAGGACGUCCUGGCGGCGCUGGUGCUCGUGAUGCCGAUGGACGAGGAGGCCAUCGCGGUUGUCGGCUCGUCGAGCGCGUCCGUGGCGUGGCUCAUCACUGCAGCCGCGAACGGUGACCCACGGAGGAGGCUGCAAGCGGUGGUCGUGCUCAGAGAGAUCGUCACAUGCGCAUGCAACGGUGGCGGCGCGGGCGUCAUCGAUCUGAGCGCGAACGUCGUGGCCGUCGUGGAGGUGGUGGUCAGGACGAUCAGGGGCUCCAUGUGCCCACAGGCUACUAAGGCGUGCCUGGUCGCCGCCUACCACCUCGCGCGCGCCGACGACGGCACCGCGACGCUCCUCGUGGCGGCAGGGCUCGUGUCGGUGCUCAUCGAGCUCCUGGUCGACGCCAACCGGAGCACAGCAGAAACAGCACUUGCUGCGCUCGACGCGGCGCUGGCAUCCAGCGACGGCAGGGCGCGAGUCAGGGCCGACGCGCUCGCCGUGCCAGUGCUCGUCAAGAAGAUGUUCCGCGUGUCCGACACGGCCACCGAGCUCGUUGUGUCAUCAUUGUGGCGCAUCUGCAGGAAAUGCCUUGACGACGACGAGGAUGGGACAACAGCGGCAGCGAGGCGGCUCCCCGUCCUCGAGGCGCUGCAGGUUGGCGCGUUGCAGAAGCUGGUGUUGCUCCUGCAGGUCGGGUGCAGGGAGGAAACGAAGGAGAAGGCCACUGAGCUGCUGAGGUUGAUGGUCAGGUAUCAGGCCAGAGGGGAGUGCAUUGACACCAUGGAUUUCAGAGGGCUCAAGAGGAGAGACAAUGCAAUUUUGAUUAGAUAGUUUUUUAAUAUAAGCAUAAGAAAAAGGUUUUAUUUGGACAC